GCUGUACCAGCUGUCCAAAGCGGGGAAGCUCUGUGUCCCAGCCAUGAACGUCAACGACUCGGUCACGAAGCAGAAGUUCGACAACCUGUACUGCUGCAGAGAGUCCAUCCUGGACGGCCUUAAGAGGACGACGGACAUGAUGUUUGGAGGAAAGCAGGUCGUGGUUUGCGGCUACGGGGAGGUUGGAAAGGGCUGCUGUGCUGCUCUGAAGGCCAUGGGCUCCAUAGUCUACGUGACAGAGAUCGACCCGAUCUGCGCCCUCCAGGCCUGCAUGGAUGGAUUCCGGCUCGUGAAACUCAACGAAGUCAUCAGACAAGUUGACAUCGUCAUCACCUGCACAGGCAACAAGAACGUGGUGACCAGGGAACAUCUGGACCGGAUGAAGAACAGCUGCAUUGUCUGCAACAUGGGACACUCCAACACCGAGAUUGACGUGGCGAGCCUGCGGACACCCGAGCUGACCUGGGAGAGGGUGAGGUCCCAGGUGGACCACGUCAUCUGGCCGGACGGGAAGAGAAUAGUCCUGCUGGCGGAG